AUGGGCGCAGAAGCUCCCAGACACGCUCCGACCUACCCUGUGCUUGCCGAGCGUCCCGUAGGCCAGCAUAUCACCUCCAUCUACAAGGACCGUCUACGCCAAUUCACAGCUACUGGCCAGUAUCAGGAGCAUAACCUGCUAGACAAGUUCUUCUACGCUCUCAACGACGAUGAGAAAUACGUAAAGCUCUGGGUCUACUCGGUGCCAAACCUCGAGAGACCGACGUUCAAGGAUGCUGUCAAGCACGAGUUCAAGCCUACUCGCAGGGGAGCCUCGUUUGGUCCCAGCUGGUCGACUCACUGGUUCAAGAUCCAGCUCACCGUCCCAGAGUACAUGAGGAAAUAUGAUCACCUCGAGUUCCACUGGAAUGCCAACAAUGAAGGCUUGGUCUGGACUGAGGAUGGCCGGCCGUUGCAGGGUCUGUCUGGCGGAGAUAGAACCGAGUGGAUCAUCCCCAAGGACUUUAGAGACGGCGCUCCACACAUCUUCUAUAUCGAGAUGGCCUGCAAUGGCUUGUUUGGUAACUCAGAUGGCGACCUUAUCAUGCCUCCAAACCCAAACAGGUACUACCAGCUCUCCUCGGCAAAGAUUGUUGCCGUUAACCUCGAGGCACGAGCUCUGAACUAUGACUUCUGGCAGAUUGGAGAUGCUGCUAGAGAGUUCCCUGCUGAUUCCUGGCAGGCUCACAAGGCCCUGAUAGUCGGCAAUGCCAUGAUGGACGCCUUUAUUGCAGGCAAUGGCAGCCAAGAGGGCAUCAUCAACGCACGCAAGGUUGCCCAGGAGUACAUUGGAAGCAAGGUUGAUUCUCCCGAUGUUUACAAGACCGAAGGCAAGCCUAUUGUCUUUGCAACAGGUCACUGCCACAUCGAUACUUGCUGGCUGUGGCCGUUCGCUGAGACAAAGCGAAAAGUGGUUAGGUCCUGGUCAACUCAGUGCGACCUGAUGGAACGAUACCCCGAGUUCCGCUUUACCUGUUCUUCGGCUCAACAGUUCAAGUGGCUUGAAGAAGGAUACCCCUAUGCCUUUGACCGAGUCAAGAGCUGGGUGAAGAAGGGUUCUUUCCAGCCCAUCGGCGGCAGCUGGGUCGAGCAUGAUACCAACCUGCCCAGCGGUGAAUCAUUGGUUCGUCAGUUCUUGUACGGCCAGAGAUACUUUGAAAGCCGCUUCGGUCAACGGUCCACCACAUUCUGGCUGCCAGACACGUUUGGAUACUCUUCUCAGAUUCCGCAACUCUGCCGCCUGGCUGGAAUGAGCCGCUUCCUCACCCAGAAACUCAGCUGGAACAACAUCAACAACUUCCCGCACACCACAUUUAACUGGGUUGCCCUUGACGGCACUCAGGUCAUCUGCCAUAUGCCUCCAUCAGAGACUUAUACCGCCGAGGCUCAUUUCGGUGAUGUUAAACGCAGUAUCACCCGGCACAAGUCUAUGGACCAGGAUAACACCUCUCUCCUGAUCUUCGGAAAGGGUGAUGGCGGUGGUGGACCCACGUUCGAACAUAUCGAGAAGCUGCGUCGACAGCGAGGUAUGAGUGACACUGUUGGUCUGCUUCCCCGUGUCACUAUUGGAGGCUCAGUCGAUGACUUCUUUGCAACACUCGAGAAGAAGGCCAUGGAGGGAACUGAUUUUGUAACCUGGUAUGGAGAGUUGUACUUCGAACUCCACCGAGGAACUUAUACCACUCAAGCCAAUAACAAGAGAAACAACCGCAAGGGAGAAUUCCUCCUCCGUGAGAUUGAGCUUCUUGCCACUCUAGCUUCCCUCAGGGACUCUUCAUACAAAUACCCCAAGAAGGAGAUCGACGACAUGUGGGAGCCUGUCCUGCUCUGCCAGUUCCAUGACUGUAUCCCCGGUAGCUCGAUCCGACUCUGCUAUGAUGAGUCUGACAUCUUUUAUGCUGAAGUGUUCAAGAUCGGCGCAAAAGUCAGAGACGAAGCCAUGAAGGUGCUUGGUUUUGAGAGUAACAAAUCUGGCUCUGAUGGUAACUUCGUUGCAUUGAACACUCUACCCUGGCCUCGCUCUGAGAUUGUCAAGAUGGAGAACCCCGCUGCCUCCUCUGGCUCUCCGCAGUAUGCGCUUGUGAGCGGUUGCACUGGAGUGAUGAAGGUUGAGCCAUUGAGCUCUACUCAGUCUACUUCACUUUCUAUUAAGGAAGUAGAAGCCGGAGUUUUCGAGCUCCGCAAUGACAGCCUGGUUCUCAAGGUCGAGAAGGGCGUGAUUACCUCCCUCUUCGACGUGAAGGCCAACCGAGAAGUGGUUGCAAAGGGAGGAAAAGCCAACCAGCUCGUGAUCUUCGACGACAAGCCGCUAUACUGGCAGGCUUGGGAUGUUGAAGUCUACCACCUUGAAUCACGCAAGGAAUUGACCUCCACUGAGACCAAGAUUGCAGAACAGUCUCCGCACCGAGUCAGCGUUGUGACCGAGACAAAGAUCAGUGAUAAGAGUUGGGUAAAGACCACCAUCAGUCUUUCCGCCGAGACCAAGGAUAGCAUGCCCAUGGUUGAGAUGGACUGCGAAGUUGAAUGGCAAGAGACGAUGAAGUUCCUCAAGGUCGAGUUCCCGGUUGACAUUCGAAACACCGAGGCGUCGUAUGAGAGCCAGUUUGGUAUCAACAGACGUCCAACCCACUACAACACAACUUGGGACAUGGCCAAGUUUGAAGUAUGCUGCCACAAAUGGGCCGAUCUAUCGGAGAGCGGAUACGGAGUCUCUAUCCUGAACGACUCCAAGUAUGGCUUCGCAACCGCAGGCAACCUGAUGAGACUUUCCCUCCUUCGUGCCUCGAAGGCACCAGAUGACACCGCAGACAUUGGCCGUCACCGCAUCCGGUACGCUAUCCUGCCACACUCCGGUCCACUUGACUACCGCACCGUCCGAGCAGGGUACAACUUCAACCAGCCGCUAGCUCUCGAGCCAGCCUCUGGGCCUGAGACGCUGCGAGACUUCCAGGCCGUGAGACUGGUCGAUGCCACGCCAGCACUUGUAAUAGACACUGUGAAGCGUGGUGAAGACGACGAUGAUGUUUCCAACGAUGAUCUGCCACGCCGUAAGGGCAAGAGCGUCGUUGUGCGUAUCUUUGACUCGAUGGGAGGACGAAGCACGGGUGUCCUGGAGACAGAACUCAAGGUGCAGAAAGUGUUCAAGUGUAACCUUCUCGAGGACGACCUGGAAGAGCUGCCAAUUGAAGGAUCUGGUCCCUGGCGUGUGAAUAUUGUGCUGAGGGCCUUUGAGGUUGCGACGUACAGACUGCAGCUUUAG